AGUAGAAAAGAGACCAUGAGGCCUUGUUUUGAAAUAGAACUAUUUAUCUCAAAACAUAAUGGUUUGCAAAACAGGAUUGUUCAGACUUUGGUGAUAGGACAUCAGAGCCUGGUGAACACCAGAAUCCAAGAGAAAGGCAGGAUGAGCACUGCAGGAAAAGUAAUUAAAUGCAAAGCUGCUGUAAUAUGGGGCCUGAAAGAACCCAUUUCCAUUGAGGAAGUGGAAGUUGCUCCACCAAAAGCCUAUGAAGUUCGAGUUAAGAUUUUGGCUACAGGCAUAUGUCGCACAGAUAACAAUGCAAUCACAGGAGGCUUACAUGCUAAGUUUCCAGUCAUUGUGGGACACGAAGCAGUUGGAAUUGUAGAAAGUAUUGGAGAAGGAGUAACUACAGUGAAACCAGGAGAUAAGAUCAUCCCACUUUGUGUCCCACAGUGUGGAUUUUGCUCUGCCUGCCUAAACCCCAAUUCCAAUUUCUGUGAGAGGCUUGAUAUUUCAGGUAAAGGAGUAUUAUCUGAUGGCACUAGUAGAUUUAUCUGCAAAGGAAAGCCUAUACAUCACUUCCUGAGUACCAGUACAUUCACUGAGUACACAGUGGUGGAAGAAAGUUCAGUUGCAAAAAUCGACGCUGCUGCUCCUCCUGAGAAGGUCUGUUUGUUUGGCUGUGCAUUUUCCACUGGAUAUGGGGCUGCAAUCAACACUGCCAAGGUCACCCCUGGAUCUACUUGUGCUGUCUUUGGCCUGGGAGGAGUAGGCCUGUCAAUUAUCAUAGGCUGUAAAGCAGCUGGUGCUUCUCGAAUCAUUGGAAUUGACAUCAACCCACUCAAAUUUGAGAAGGCCAAGGCUGUAGGAGCCACUGAGUGCAUCAACCCUAAGGAUUACACAAAGCCCAUCAGUGAAGUGCUAAAGGAAAUGACUAACAAUUCUGUCGGGUAUACUUUUGAAGCCAUUGGACACCUUGAUACCAUAAUUGAUGCUCUUGCUUCUUGCCAUAAUAACUAUGGGACCAGUGUGCUAGUAGGCAACCCUCCAUCAUCUACAAUGCUCACCUAUGAUCCCAAGCUGCUGUUCACUGGACGCACCUGGAAAGGAUGUAUUUUUGGUGGUUGGAAAACCAGAAAUGAUCUCCCAAAACUCGUAUCUGAUUUUAUGGCAAAGAAAUUUAACUUGGAUCCAAUAAUAACCCAUGUUUUACCUUUUAAUAAAAUCAAAGAUGGAUUUGAUCUACUCAACAAAGGAGAAAGCAUUCGAACAAUACUGACUUUUUGAACUCUGAAGUUAUAAGAGGUAGCUGUGGAUCCAUCAACAAUUUCUCUUAUAUUUUACUUUAAUAUAAUAAUCAAAGAGAACAUAUCACUCAUGGGGGUAAAACAAAAGAUAAAAAUUAAGUAUUUUAUAAUA